AUGAACUUAGAGAGUGACUGCAGCAUGACAGUCAGUUGUGGCAAUGGGAAGCUUAGACAAUGGCUGAUUGAUCAGGUUGACAGCGGAAAGUACCCUGGAUUGGUUUGGGAGAAUGACGAGAAAACAAUUUUCAGGAUCCCUUGGAAGCACGCGGGCAAACAGGACUAUAACAGAGACGAGGAUGCUGCACUAUUUAAGGCCUGGGCGCUCUUCAAGGGGAAAUUUCGAGAAGGGAUUGAUAAGCCAGAUCCCCCGACAUGGAAAACCCGGCUGCGAUGUGCUCUGAAUAAAAGCAAUGACUUUGAGGAGCUGGUAGAAAGGAGUCAGUUGGACAUUUCAGACCCGUACAAGGUUUACAAAAUAAUACCAGAAGGCGCAAAGAAAGGGUCCAAACUGUUUGUCUCAGAGGAGCCCAAAACUCACAUGAACCCCCUGAUGUACCCAGUCCACCCCUCGUUCUCCUCACUUCAGACUCAGGUUUCUAACUACAUGGUGUCUCAUGAGCGUCCCUGGAGGGACUAUGUUCCGGAUCAGGCUACACACCCAGACCUCCAGUACGGACAGUGCCCCUACCCACCGCGCAGCCUACCCUGGCAAGGACCGCCCGUCGAGAAUGGGUACCAGAUCACAGGCUCCUUCUAUACCUGCUCCUCGACUGACUCCCAGCCUCCCGCCACCUUCCCACUGGACCCCAGUAUGAGGUCUGCUGAAGCGAUGGCCCUUACUGACUGCCGCCUACACAUCUCCCUGUUCUAUCGUGAGUCUCUGGUGAAAGACGUGACCACCACCAGCCCUGACGGCUGUCGCAUCUCAUCCUGCCCGGACGACAAGCUCUACGGGAGCAUGGAGCAGGUGGUCUUCCCCUUCCCGUACCCUCAGUCGCAGCGCAAGGGCGCCGAGCGGCUUCCUCUGGCACUGGAGCGUGGCGUGCUGCUGUGGCUGGCACCCGACGGCCUGUACGCCAAGCGCCUCUGCCAGAGCCGCAUCUACUGGGAGGGGCCUCUGGCCCCCUACAGCGACAGACCCAACAAGCUGGAGAAGGAGCAGACCUGCAAGCUCUUUGACACCCAGGAGUUCCUGGCAGAACUACAGGGCUAUGCCCAUCACGGACGACCAGUGCCAAGGUUCCAAGUAGUGCUAUGCUUCGGGGACGAGUACCCAGACCCCCAGAGGCAGAGGAAGAUGAUCACAGUUCAGGUGGAGCCCAUGUUCGCCAAGCACUUGUUCUACUUCACACAGCAGACCAGCAACCCCUACCUGCGAGGGUACGACCUCUCUGACCACGGCACCUCCCCCACCGAGGACUACCAGAGGGUCAUCCACCACAGCGGCCUGCAGGAAUGACGGCACCCACUGCAGCCUGGGAACUGUGCAGAAAAGCUAAAAGGGAGAGGAUGCCCCCCAUCACUCUCUGUGUUUGGAGUUUGCAUUGCAUGUCUCCCCCCCCCCACAACAUAUAGGUUUUCUCUAGGUACCCCAGUUUCCUCCCAUUGUCCAAAAACACACGGUCAGGUUACCGUAAUUGGUGUCUCUAAAUCGCCCUUCCCGCUUAACCUGUGAUCACACGUAAGAGUGUGAGAGCGUGUGUUCUCCGCAAUGGAUUGCCAUCCCUGUCCUUGUGCAUCCUGGGACACGCUCCAGGUCCACCACAACUCUGUACUGGAUCAGUCACACAGAAGAUGGAUGGAUAGAUGGAAAUGGGGGCAGUAUUUUGGACUUGCACGUGCUUGCCUCCACCAUUAGCAUCUUCAAGGUCAUCUUUUUUUUUUUUUUUUUUUUAACUAAAGCUGGAUUGAUGUGCAGGUCAACCUGGACACUGGUACCACAGUGCAGACCAGCCUGAAGAGUUUUGCAUUGACCAUCCACAGCUUCCUUCUGACCCUCUAUGUGGUUCUCUGUCCGUGAUGAAUGUAGCUAGCAGUGUCCCCAUCGAUUCAGCAAACUUUGUAAAUACCUGACUUGAGAGCCACUGCCUGUCUCUGUAUGUGAAAAAGUAGAUACUGACAAUUCGUAUGUUUGGCUUUAAGAAAAAAAGAUUUUGUACAGGUUUUUAUUAAAUGCAGUUACAUAUGAAACAUAAAA